AUGAGAAAACCUAACGCCGCUCAACUGGCCCUUUUGAUGGCUUCAGUCGCUACGGCGGCUGAGACUACAUGCGCUAUCGACUGUUUCCAGGGCCUUAUCACAAAUGGCCCUCCAGCAGAUUGCAAAGAAGCCACGAACUACCUCUGCUUCUGUACUAUGCCUACACUCCAGGAAAACUUCUCAAAGUGUGCCGACACGAGCUGCGGCGAAGACAAGAGUGCUGCCAUGACUUGGGCAAACGAUCUCUGUGCUAAACUUGGAAAGCCUGUUGAUCUUGGACCUGGAGAGGACGCUCCAACGACCGAUGCAACCACUGCCGUUGGUGUGACUACUGCUGUUGACGCACCUGCUAGUACAGCCGAAGAAACUAAGCAGACUUCUCAGGCCGAGACGACUGUUCCAGACGCCGCGCAGACCACCGUGACCGAGGCUGAAAAGACAGAUUCCAAGGCCAAAGAAACGUCCAUCGAGACCGCUUUGCCAACUAAGACUUCCGAGACUUCCGAGACUUGCACCACGGAGACAACCAUGACCAAGACUGAGACCACAUUCGCCAAAGCCACGACAGCUGAAGGGACAGCUAUUACUACAGAUGAGGAUGGACCUGUUGGUACAGCCACAGGAAGUGGAGAGACGGCAACUGCGUCUUCGGAUGCUGAGAUUAAUGCUGGAUCUAUCAUGGCCCCUGGAUUCUUGGGUAUUGCUGGUGUUGUCGCUGCUCUGUGGCAGUUUGUGUGA